GUCCACAGUUUUUCUUGAAGGAAGGAAUGUACACUGACGGCUGUCUGUUAGGAUGGUCUAUUGCCAUCAAAAAGCAAUGAGAAUGGUAGACGUCUAAUGCCAUGGAAGUUGUAGUUUGGAUUUGGAGUGUUCUGUUGCUCAUUUCAGGUGCCUUGUGCGAGCAAAAUAGCACUGCUUGUACCACCAACCCGUGUCAUAAUGGAGCCAUAUGCAAGGACUUCCUGGGCAGCUACAAGUGCAUCUGCCUGUCUGAAAGCCAAGAUGGAAUUCUCUAUGGUGGCCGCAAUUGUAGUGAGCCCCUGGUGGGUUGCGAGGGUCACGAGUGCCAGAACGGGGCGGCCUGCAUGCCCUUCCUGAGCGAAGGUGUACAUGGCUACAGUUGCAUCUGUCAGCCGGGCUACACCGGCUCUUACUGCCAGACACCCACCGUAUUCUCCUUCGAGACAACUGGAGGAUUCCUGCACCUGCAGACCCCGCUGCUGGGUGCAGAAACAUACUUCAAUAUCACGCUAAGCUUUCGCACGGUGCUGAAGAACACAUUGCUCUUUCAGAGGGGCAGCGAAGGGGUCACACUCAGCCUGGAGCUGCAGGAGACACACCUGCUUCUUGAUCUUAGGAGUGACCCUCAGCCAAACGCAACCAGCUGGACUCUGACACUGCCUCAGGAUGUAUCUGAUGGCGAAUGGCACACGGUAGAGGCCGUGCUUGGAGUGGGUACCCUGCUGCUACAACUACUGGAGCCAUGCCAGGAUGGAGAUAACUGCAGUGCAACAGCCCAACUAGAGACCGGUGCCCUUGAGCUGGAGUCAGCCCUGCAAAGCACCAUUGUUGGAAGAUCAGAUGAGGGAGGGGGCUCUGGCUCAUUCAUAGGCUGCAUGAGGGACUUGUUUGUGGACUCACAGCUGAUGGUACCAGAGGACUGGUUGAGCAGCUCAGUGGUGAAUGUCGAGCAAGGCUGCAGCCAUCAUGACCGAUGCCUUUCUGGUCCAUGCGAGAACCUUGGAAAGUGUGUUAACCUUUGGCUAGGUUACCAGUGCUUGUGUCUGCGACCAUAUGUGGGUCAAAACUGUGCUGAGGAGUACGUUACUGCUAGAUUUGGCCAGGAAGACUCCGCAAGCUAUGCCGUCUUCACCAUCACCGACCAACUGGAAUCAGAUACGCUCUAUCUGUCCAUGUUCUUGCGUACAAGGAAGGAGUCUGGUCUUUUGGUACUGCUUGCCAACAGCACCACUGAGUACUUGAAGAUGUGGCUGGAAAAGGGAAAACUCAUGGUGCAAGUCAACAACUUGAAGACUUUAAUGGGUAAAACUGUGGUUAAUAAUGGUGAGAUCCAUUUUGUCGGCAUCACCAUUAAGGAGGGUAUGAUGACUCUGCAGGAGUCAGAUCAUGAAUUCAGAAGAAUGGAUGUUCAACCUGUUUCCCUUCAGUUUGAGGAUGUGGUCUAUGUUGGCGGACUGCUUGAUGGGCAUGAGACAUCUGCCUUUGGUGGUUAUUUUAAAGGGUGCUUACAAGACUUGCAGCUCAAUGAGAGGAAGCUAGAAUUUUUCCCACUUGAUGCUUCUGUGAUGUCAUACAGACCUGACCGCAUGGUUGAUGUUACCCCAGGCUGCACCAGUGAUGACUCUUGCUCUAAAAAUCCUUGCCAGAAUGGUGGAAUUUGCUUCUCUCUAUGGGAUGACUUCAGAUGCAACUGCCCUCCAAGCACAAAAGGGCAGCACUGUGAGGAGGUGAGAUGGUGCGAACUCACCCCCUGCCCACCACAAGCAACAUGCCGGACCCUCAAACAGGGCUAUGAAUGCAUUUCAAAUGUGACUUUUCAAGACAAUACCACUCUUGUAUACCAUGGGAAUGGGUUGAUCUCCCGCCACCUGGCCAGCAUUGUUUUCAGUAUCCGAACACGUAAACGCAAUGCAGCAGUGUUACAUGCAGAGAGUGGGUCUGACUUUGUUACGGUAUCCAUUCAAGAUGGCUUUCUGGUGCUAGAGCUUCUUAGUGGACCUUCUUCUUCAUCAUCUUUGUCACCGGUAACCCUGCACAGCCCAAGACCAGUAGCUGAUGGAGAGUGGCAUGUAGUAGAACUGUCAAUGGCCAGUCCUUGGGCUAACUACUCCCAGUGGAUCAUGGUCCCUCUUGAUGAAAAGGACGAGCCUACUAUAUCUGACGGCAUGACCGGAAAUCUAGACUUCCUUCGAGAAAGUGUUGAUAUCCUUCUAGGAGGACUUGGCCCAAAGUCUGGCUGGAAUCUGAUUGGUUGUCUGAGUAAUGUUGAGAUUGGUGGUAUUGUGCUUCCGUAUUAUGGUCCUGCCGAGGUGAGAUUCCCGCGUACACAGGAAGAGAAGUUCAAUAAGUUAUCGGAAGAACCUGUCCAAACUGGCUGUGUUGGUGAGGUGGUGUGUGAACCCAACCCCUGCCUGCAUGGGGGAAUCUGUGACGAUCGCUUCAACCUUUUCCAAUGCUUCUGUCUACCUGGCUGGGGCGGUGAUCACUGCGAACUGAAUACAAACACCUGUGCCUCCAACCCCUGUCAACAUGGACACUGUAGUGUGCAGGACCUUUCAUACAGCUGCAUGUGUGAGAGUGGCUACACCGGCACCAACUGUGAGGUGAAGGUGGACGUAUGUGCCAGUCACGAGUGUGUUAAUGGUGGGACCUGCUUGCGUGGCUUCAACAGCUAUUCCUGCCUCUGUCCCGACAGGUUUACUGGGCCGUAUUGCAACACUCAGAUUGAAGAGGCUCCGUGGUACGUAGUUGUCAGGAGCAUACCGCCCAAGCUCCCGGUGUCCAUCUGUGGUGAUGAACAGCAGAACUACACAUGUUUCAAUGGGGGGAACUGUUCUGACACCAACAUGAUGUGUGACUGCCUCCCUGGGUUUUCGGGUCACUGGUGUGAACUAGAUCUUGAUGAAUGUAGAUCCAACCCUUGCUUGAAUGGUGGCUACUGCCAGAACAUGGUCAACAAGUUCCAGUGUGUCUGUGUAAUGACCUUCGCCGGCAAGACAUGCGAAGUCGAUCUGAGUGCAGAGAAUGUGUCGUCUGACCUGUUGCUGUCCAUCAGCCUGGUGUCUGUGGCUCUGUUGCUGGUUCUUUUUGGCGUGGCCACAGCUUUGGUCAUCACGCUGAACCGACGGGCCACACGAGGCACUUACAGCCCCAGUCGACAAGAGAAGGAAGGCUCAAGAGUGGAGAUGUGGAACAUUGUGCAGCCUCCACCAAUGGAGAGACUCAUCUGAGCCAAUCAUCCAACAAUCAGCCAGUCACGUUGUUUGUGGCUUGUUGGUUUUGCAAAACGAUGGGAAAAGGCAUAUUCAUUCAUUGAUCAUGUGGUAGCUAUGGUCAGCUGGAUAAUAGAAUUAUAAAUGAUCAUUUUGGUUGGACAAUCUCCCAUUUAUAACAUAAUGUGAUGAACACCUAUUAUUGGUAUAUACCUCCGAAGAGCUUUAGGACUCAUUGACUGGUAAAUUGUGAAGCAUUCUUAAUAAUAGGUGCGUCAAGACAAUGCUGCUCAACAAUCACAGCUAAUCAGAAGAUAUUUAAUAGAGUUCGGGCCAAUGUGAUUUCAGUGGUUUAUCACGGCUACUUGCAAGAAAUGGAAUAGUGUUGCAUCGCGCCUGGUCAGGACUUGUUAAGGUCAUAUAUUUACGUGUUCAUGCUGCCAGUGAACUAUAAAAGUAACAUGCAGAAAAAAAACUACUCAUGCACACACAUUUUCACGAGAU